GGAAUCCGCGAACUCUCUUCAACUCUGUAUCUUCUUAAGCACUCGCUCAGCAUCGACGUCGAGCCUCUGGCGCUCUGUUGCCUCUGAUUUCGUCAUUCCAACCAUGGGAAGACUUGGAGCAUCGUGUGACUACGAAAGUCUCCGAAAUGUCCGAAUCUCAGAGAACCAGGCUCGAUUGGCAUCUUUAGGACUAGAAAAAACAGUCUCUGAACUUCGAUCCAUCGCUUCCCCUGCAAAACCUGAGAAGACGACUCCUGUUAGAAAAUACUGCAAGAGAAUCUUCGUAUCCACAUCUCUACGGCGUUCUGAUCGAUUAAAGGGAAUAUCUGGAGACAUAUGCAAAUCCAAUUCUUUGCGAUAUUCUGAACGAUUAAGAGAAAAAUCUGGUAUUUCUGUACAAUCUCCAAAGGUAUUUAGUGCUUCAAAGCUGAAUCGACGGAUUCUUAGUUAUGGAGAAGGAGAAGAGGAAGCAAAGAGACCAGCAAAUGCUCCUCUGCUAGAUUUCGACACUACAAAGCUGCGACCCUCUCCAGAAGUUCUAUCUCGGCGUUGCGAUAGCAAGGACAGGGGCAGUGUCUAUGACCCCAUUUUUGGGAUUUGCUGCCAUUUCUGCAGGCAGAAGAAACUAUGUGGAGAAGAAGACUGCAAGCGUUGCGGAGAUCUUGAUAUGGAUGAGCAAUGCUUAGGGAAGACUGAUUGCUCUGCGUGUCAUUCUACUAAUGGUGUUCUUUGUCGAGGUUGUCUGAAGGUUAGGUAUGGUGAAGAAAUGGAGGAGGUGAGAGAGAACAAGGAGUGGAUGUGCCCACAUUGCAUAGAGGAGAAAGGCAUAAACCCAUAUUGGAUAUGCAAUAGUUCAUUGUGUUUGAAGAAGAGAAAGAUGGUACCCACUGGUAUUGCCAUUUUCAGAGCUCGGGAGGCAGGUUACAAAUCAGUAGCACAUUUGCUCAUGGACAAGCUUCAAAAUGCAGCUAAGCGCAGAAAAUGAUGAUAAUUUCGUAUGUAAUGAAUGAGUUACUCUUUGUGAGAGAUUACAGCUGAUUUAGAAAACAAUGUACCAGGAAGGGGAUUGCUUAACUUCACCUGAUGCAUAACUGAUUACAAGAAAUUGUUGUUCAAUUUACUUUCGUACUCUGCAUUUGAACCAUGCUCUUACUUCACAGUUGCAGUUA